CGGGGCGAGCGACAUGGGGGCGGGGUUGGGUCUCUAGGCAGAGCCCUGAAGCCCCCGAGAGACUGGAGGGGCCGGCGCGGGAGGCGGAGCGUCCCGCCGGGUUCUGGCGGUCGCAACAGCCGGGACGAGGUCCUGGCGGUGCGCGGGAGGGCAUAGCUUGCGGCCCGGGCCGGCUGACGAGCUGGCAUAGAAUAGCCUCAAGCUGAGGGUGGAGCAAAUCUUGAGGAAACCUGGAUCAGUACAACUCACAUCUAAGCCCAGCUAAUGCAGAGAGCGAUGAAUGUGGCUGCUCACCUAGCCCUCUUUUCUGAACAGUCCAGGACCCCAGCUCAUGGAAUGGUGCAGCACACAGUGGAGAUGGUGUCCGAGGCUGACCACCGUCCACUGGGUAUGUUUGAGUGCCAGCUGUGUACCUUGUCAGCUCCAUACAGCUAUGUGGGACAGAAGCCCCCUAAUACCCAGGCUAUUGUCCUCUUGGAGGAGAGCUACGUCAUGAAGGACCCCUUCUCACCAGACAAGGCCAAGUUCCUGGUCUUGGGUGCGAGGUGCAGCGUUUGCAGAAGGCUGGUGUGUGUGGGUCCGGAAUGCAGCUUGUUCUACUCCAAGAGAUUCUGCCUCCCCUGUGUCCAGGAGAACAUCAGCGCUUUCCCUCAGGAAAUCCGGCAAGACGUGGAGAAGAGGAGAGCUUCCGCCAAGAGGCCCUCCAGCCCGCCCUGAUGGUGGCACAAGUGCAGCCCACGUGCACCCUGGCUGGGAGCCGAGUGCUUAGUCGUCAGCGCCCGUAGCUCAAAGGCUGGGAGCCAGUGGAGACUGACAACAGUCAGAAGUGGACACAGCAGAGCUCCAGGACCACCUCCGUGGAUGUCUGGAGUCAGAAAAGGGGAAGCCUGCUGCCAUGCACAGCUGGCCAGGACAUCUUGUCAAUGUACUUUAGGAAGAUUUCCAGAUGUGCCAGGGCUUUAGAGUUCGGUAGAAUGAUAUGGAGUUGACUGUAAGGAAUUGGCAUUUGAGGCUGCCUCCAAGCCAGUGACAAGGCCAGAAGGUAGAUAACUUUCACAUCCUGGUAUAAUAUAACACAAGGCCUUACAGUAUAAAAUGUUUUAAAUCCUGACCACGUGUUAUAUUUAUAAAUUAAAUGAACAAAUCAGC